AUGCACCUAUUUACACCCGGGCAAGAACACAACCAUGUGAUGAUUAUCGCAACUGAAGAACUGAGGAAGCCAGCACAGAGGGACACGGAAGGUGGUGUAUCACAGAAACUGCUUUGGCAAGUCAGCAUCAUGCUGCUAUUCCUGCAAGUACUGAACAAGCAUGGGAUUUGAAUAUUAUACUCUUAAAUAAAUGAAUUGCUCAAUUUCCUGUGACCAUCUAUACAUACUCCAUCUUCAAAAAGUGUAUCAGUAUUCUAUCAUAAAGGAGAUAGUGAUCUUUUUUCCAAUAUGCAUGACAUUUCUGGACAAGACAAUUGGGGCACCGGCACUUAUAUCCAUGAAGAAAAACUCUGCGGUUUUAUGGCAUUCAUCAUUUGACAAAGGCAACUAUUUUCCUUAUCAAUCAACUCUUACUGAACUUCCUAGCAGUGACUGUGGAAUCCUUAAGGGCCCAUUAAAUUUCUGAAGAAGAAAGCUAAGAUGAAGGACAUGCCACUCCGAAUUCAUGUGCUACUUGGCCUCGCUAUCACUACACUAGUACAAGCUGUAGAUAAAAAAACGGAUUGCCCACAAUUAUGUACAUGUGAAAUCAGGCCUUGGUUUACACCCAGAUCCAUUUAUAUGGAAGCAUCUACAGUGGAUUGUAAUGAUCUAGGUCUUUUAAAUUUCCCAGCCAGAUUGCCUGCUGACACACAGAUUCUGCUCCUACAGACUAACAAUAUUGCAAAAAUUGAAUACUCCAUAGACUUUCCAGUAAACCUCACCGGCCUGGACUUAUCUCAAAACAAUUUAUCUUCAGUCACCAAUAUUAAUGUAAAAAAGAUGCCUCAGCUUCUUUCUGUGUAUUUAGAGGAAAACAAACUAACUGAGCUGCCUGAAAAAUGUCUGUCUGGACUGAGCAACUUACAAGAACUCUAUAUUAAUCACAACUUGCUUUCUACAAUUUCACCCGGAGCCUUUAUUGGCCUACAUAAUCUUCUUCGACUUCAUCUCAAUUCAAAUAGAUUGCAGAUGAUCAACAGUAAGUGGUUUGAUGCUCUUCCCAAUCUGGAGAUUCUGAUGAUUGGGGAAAAUCCAAUCAUCAGAAUCAAAGACAUGAACUUUAAGCCGCUUAUCAAUCUCCGCAGCCUGGUUAUAGCUGGUAUAAACCUCACGGAAAUACCAGAUAAUGCCUUGGUUGGACUUGAAAACUUAGAAAGCAUCUCUUUUUAUGACAACAGGCUUAUUAAAGUGCCCCAUGUUGCUCUCCAAAAAGCUAUAAACCUCAAAUUUUUGGAUCUAAAUAAAAAUCCCAUUAAUAGAAUACGGAGGGGUGAUUUCAGCAAUAUGCUACACUUAAAAGAGUUGGGAAUAAAUAAUAUGCCUGAGCUGAUUUCCAUCGACAGUCUUGCUGUGGAUAACCUGCCAGAUUUAAGAAAAAUAGAAGCUACAAACAACCCACGGUUGUCUUACAUUCACCCAAAUGCAUUUUUCAGACUACCCAAGCUGGAAUCACUCAUGCUCAACAGCAAUGCCCUUAGUGCCCUUUACCAUGGUACAAUUGAGUCUCUGCCAAACCUCAAGGAGAUCAGCAUACACAGCAAUCCCAUCAGGUGUGAUUGUGUCAUCCGUUGGAUUAAUAUGAACAAAACCAACAUUCGAUUUAUGGAGCCAGACUCACUAUUUUGCGUGGACCCACCUGAAUUCCAAGGCCAAAAUGUUCGGCAGGUGCAUUUCAGGGAAAUGAUGGAAAUCUGUCUCCCUCUUAUAGCUCCUGAGAGCUUCCCUUCUAAUCUGGAUUUGGAAGCUGGGAGCUCUGUUUCCUUGCAUUGUAGAGCUACUGCAGAGCCACAGCCUGAAAUCUACUGGAUAACACCUUCUGGCCAAAAACUCUUACCUAAUACUCUGAAAGACAAGUUCUACGUCCAUUCUGAAGGCACACUAGAUAUAAGCGACAUAACCCCAACAGAAGGGGGUCUGUAUACUUGUAUAGCAACGAACCUGGUUGGUGCAGACUUGAAGUCUGUUAUGAUCAAAGUGGAUGGUUCUUUUCCCCGGGAUAACAAUGAAUCCUUAAAUAUUAAAAUAAAAGAUGUUCAGGCCAAUUCAGUUCUGGUGUCUUGGAAAGCAAGUUCUAAAAUUCUCAAAUCCAGUGUUAAGUGGACAGCCUUUGUCAAGACUGAAAAUUCCCAUGCUGCCCAAAGUGCUCGAAUACCAUCUGAUGUCAAGGUAUAUAAUCUUACUCAUCUGAACCCAUCAACUGAGUACAAAAUUUGUAUUGAUAUCCCUACCAUCUAUCAAAAAACCAGAAAACAAUGUGUAAAUGUCACCACAAAAGGUUUGGACCCUGAUCGAAAGGAAUAUGAAAAGAGUAACACCACAACCUUUAUGGCCUGCCUUGCAGGCUUUCUGGGGAUUAUUGGUGUGGUAUGUCUUUUCAGUUGCCUCUCUCAAGACAUGAACUGUGAUGGUGGACAUGGCUAUAUGAGGAAUUACUUACAGAAACCAACCUUCACGUUCAGUGAGCUUUAUCCUCCCCUAAUCAACCUCUGGGAAAUAGGCAAAGAAAAAAGUACAGCAUUGGAAGUGAAAGCAACUGUUAUAGGUGUGCCAACAAAUACGUCCUAAAAACAACUAACUAAACCUACUUCAAAGAAAAGCUUAAGACUGCAGCUGUGCUUGAAAAAAAAAAAAAAAAAAAAACAGAAA